GCCGUAGAGGCGCUUCUUGCGACUACUCACGUUGCUACAAGUGUGGAAAACUUGGGCACUGGGCUAAAGACUGCAGAUUCAUGUUCUGGCCAGGAAGUUACCAGUUUCCCAACUACAAUACUUACCCUGGACUCUCCUACAACAAGCCAGCCGGAGGCCAUUCAUCUCAAUACCAAUCAAAGCAGUGAAGAGUUGGCACAGGUAGAAGAACUUGGCACAGGUAGAAGAAAUCGUACAGAAAUACGAACUUGAAAGCGGACAGUCUUUAACCGUUAAGGGUAAUUUGAAGAAAAAUCUAGGGUUUUGGAGAUCUAUUGGUGCUCCAAAUUUCAUUUUGACUAUUAUUGAAAAGGGCUACAAAUUACCAUUUGCUAGCCUUCUAUUAGCUGUAAGGCUAAAGAAUAAUAAGUCUGCUCGACUUCAUGCUAAUUUCGUUGACCAAGCUGUUCUUGAGUUAGUUAAUUCAGGUCGGGUUUGUAGGGUUGAUAAGCAACCUUUCAUUGUCAACCACUCAUCAGUAUCUAUUCAGCCAUGUGGCAAAAAGAGAUUAAUUCUUGAUUUACGUCACGUUAACAGGUCCCUAAUUAAACAAAGAAUCAAAUACGAGGAUUGGAAAAUUGCUAUGGCUUAUUUUGCCAAGGAUUCGUUUUCUUUUGACUUGAAAAGUGGCUAUCACCAUAUCGAAAUUUCGCAGGAUCACCAAACGUUUUUGGGGUUUUGUUGGCGUGCUCCAGAUUCCAAUAACGAAGUAUUUUACGUUUUCACCGUUCUUUCGUUUGGUUUGUCUACAGCUCCCUAUAUUUUCACAAAGCUUCUUAAACCUUUAGAGAAACAUUGGAGAAUACAAGGUACUUGCAUAGCUAUUUUUUUAGAUGAUGGUUGGGCGAUAGUUCAGGACAAAGAAGGUUGUCUUCUUAAGGCCCAAACCGUAAGGCAGGACUUGUAUGGUGCGGGUUUUGUAGUGAAAGAAGAGAAAUCGGUAUGGGAACCUACUCAAAUUUUGGACUGGUUAGGUAUAACCUGGAAUUCUUUAUUGGGUUCUAAGAAUUGUAGAGAGAAGAAUUACUAAGAUUACCAACACAAUAGAUCGUAUUAUUGAGGCCGAUUUUAAACUUUCUGCUAGAGCGCUGGCUUCUUUCACGGGUCAAAUUAUCUCUACUGCGCCUGUGGUUGGAAACAUUGGUAGGAUAAUGACCAGACAUUGCGUUAUGUCGACCUUGUGUGUAGAUAAUUGGGAUUCAGUAUUUUGUCUUGAUGAUUAUUGCAAAGAGGAAUUAUAUUUUUGGAAAGAUAAUUUG